GUCAGUAGUUAACAGCCUCAAGCAGCAAUGUCAGCAGCACUUGCCGAAGUUCGUCAGAAAUGCGGCUCAGUUUAUACCUGGAAUUGUGCCGGCGAACUCUAUGGCGUCGAGUGUGAAUUGUGCGAGGAGCGACCGCUCUGUGCGCUAAAUGAGUUUGCGGAGCAUAUGGAGCUCUGGCACUCGGACUGGCAGCAGGCACCCGAGGAUGAGCUCAUGCAGGAGGUGCUCGCGGAGGAGAGCAGCGCUGGCGAGGUCAAUGAACUCAAGCAACAAGUGGUUCAACAGCUGAACGCAAUAGACGUCGCCAACAACGAAGCGCAAGAGACUCAACAGUUGCAAACUCUUUGCCUCAACGAGCAGAUUCAAUUUAGCACAGACACUGCGCUGCCCACUGUCGAGAACCAAAAGCUAAGCUCACAGCACAUAGAGCAGCUGAUUGAACUGUAUAAGGCGGAGCCACGCCUCUGGAAUCAGUCGCAUGCGGAGUUUCGUGAUGUGAGCCUGGGUCGCGAGUCCUGGACGCGCAUUACCGACUCCUGGAGCGCACACUGUGGUCGCACCUUCACCGUAACGGACGUGCGCAUACGCAUCUCAACGCUCUGCCAGCGUUUCCUGAAGCAGCGCGAGCGAAUGCAGGCCGACGGUGACUUAGCGGACGGCAGCGGCAAAUUCGCGCACUAUGAACAGCUGAGUUUUCUCUGCGAGCAGCAGACGCUGCUGAAUCGGCAGCAGCACUGCACACGAGAGAAUCGCAAGCUGCUGGAGAUCUAUGAGCAUUAUCCCAUGCUCUGGCACAAUGCACACAAGCGACUGCGCUGCGCCGAAACGCUGCGCAAACGACACGAGGCGCAGCGUGGACUGCAACUGGCGCUGCGCAUGUGCGGCAUCCAACUCUCUGGCAUUGCCAUGCAGCGGCGCUUGCAGUCGCUGCGCAAGCGCUACAGACUGGAGAAGAUUCGUUACUUGCAGAGCGUAGUCGAGGGCAAGCAGGCGGAGUUUGUUUCAAGCUUCGAGCACUAUGCGCAGAUGGAGUUUUUGCACAAGCACAUCGAUCCCUAUGUGUGUGCGGUGUGUGGACAAAUCUUUGAGAAUCUGGCAAGCCAUCAGACGCAUGUGCAGGGCAGCUGCGCAGUGGAGCGGCAGCAGCAGCCGUCAACGCAAGCGGCAGCAACAGUGGGUGAAAUAAUGAGCCAGCUAGAGCAGACAGAUAUGCUAACGUCGCAGUCGUCGCCAGCAGAGAUGCCGACGCCAACGCCAAUGGAGCUGCCGCCGCAGGCUCCUUUAGAGCAGCCGCCACAGCACAUAGAUGAGCUGCAUAGCUUAGCAGAGGCAGCAGCAGAGCUGCAAGCGCUGACGUCAGCUGAUGAAAACAGUGCAGCGCAGUCGCAGCCGCUGCGCAAUAAGUUGCGCGUGCGCUUGAGCGUAGCGCAGACGCAGAAGCUUAUUGAACUAUAUCAGGCGCAAGCGAAUCUGUGGGAUCCCAAUCACUUGGACUACGCAUCACGCAAGCAGCGACGUCAGUCCUGGCUGAGAAUCACGCAGGAGCUGAAUGAGUUCUCGUGCGGCAAGCAGCGCUACAACUGGCACAUGCUGCAUCGCAAGCUCACCGACUAUCUCAAGUACUAUAGGCGCGAGCGUGAGCGUCAGUCGCUGGACAGCAACUGGACUUUCUAUGGCGCCUUCAGCUUUCUGGACGAUGUGCUGCCAGUCAGUCAUGUGCUGCAGAAGUCGCUGCAGCAGCGCGACAGCAACUUGAAAAUAAUACAAGUGUAUCAGAGCUAUGAGCAGCUCUGGUGCACUACACAUGCGGAUUAUACCAAGCGCAAGCAGCGUCAGCGGCAACUGGAAUCGCUCUGCACGCGUCUGCAAGAGGAAUGCAAUCUGCAGCUGACCGUGGAGCGUCUCAAGAAUCGUCUCAUUGAGUUCCGCUGCCAGUACCGGCAGUGCAAGCAGUCGCGGCAGGCGGCCUUGAAACGCGGCGAGAGCUGGCAGCCCAACUACGAGUAUUAUGCGAAUCUGAAGUUUCUGGAGCUGCAUGUGUCGCCCUUUGACUGCACUAGUUGUGACGCCAGCUUUAAGCGACGCACCGAUUGCUUGGCCCAUCAACGCAACGUGCAUGAAUCGCAGCAGCAGCAGCAGCAGCAGCAGCUUGUGCCACGCAAGAGUCGCAGCCAACGCAGCAGUAGCAGCAGCAGCAACGCUGCCAAUGCCUUGGAACACAUUUGUCAUAUUUGCGGCAUGAAAUUCUCGAUGCGCACCAGUCUGGUGGCACAUCUGCGUCGGCAUCUUGGCCAGCGCACGCACGCCUGCAACGAAUGCCCCAAGAAGUUCUUCAACUCGACGGCCCUGCGUGUGCAUCAACGCAGCCACACCAAGGAGCUGCCCUAUGUGUGCGAGCAUUGCGCACGCGGCUUUGUCAAUGCCAGCAAGCUGAAUCAGCAUGUUAAGCGCCAUACCGAGCAGCGUGAUUAUCCUUGCAAUCGCUGCGACAAGGCUUUCUAUACAGCCCACGAGCGGGAUCGUCAUAUACGCGCUCAUCUCAACAUACGCGACAAGGUCUGUCCCUAUUGCUCGCGCGCCUUUGUUGUGGGCAGCGCCUACUAUGCCCAUCUCAAUCUACAUCGCGGCGAGAAGCGCUACAGCUGCGCCAACUGUGGUCAGCGCUUUGCCCAAUACGCUGGUCUCUAUAAGCAUCGCAAGCGAUGCAAUCCCAGCGAACUGCCAGAGAAAUGAAUCCUCUCGUUACCGUCAUCUAGUGCAAUAUGUUGUAUUUAAAUUUCCCUAACUCUUAUCU